AUGACCUUUUCAAUUUCAAUUGAGAAUAAUGAUGGCGAAGAAAAAAGUUCUUUACAACAGUCUUCUUCCUCCAUACAAAUGGCAAUGGAAUUAGACAAGAUGGUAUCUCUACAAAUUAUUCAAACAUCAAUGAACGGGUUGUCUUGGAAAAUCAAAUUAUCAAAAGAUCAUAAAUUCCCUUCCUCUUAUGGAAUUCAACAUGGGAUUGUUCAAAACGUUCCUAUGGACUUUUUUAGCCUUGACUAA